AUGGAGGGCGGGAAAGAGAUUGGUUCACUUUUUCCCAUCCAUCUCUGCUGCUGCCACCUGAGUUCCGCUCGCCACCACCUGUCUCCUGAACGUCCAGGUAAGUCCGUUAACAUCCAUACAAUCUACACCUUUUCUUGCUCUACAGUAUUUCUUUCGGCCUCAAAAGCAAACGAAGUUCUGGUAAGAUGGAAGCGCGCUGGCAGCUAUCUUUUGGAAGAACUUUUUCAGGGAAAUUUGGAAAAAGAAUGUUAUGAAGAAAUCUGUGUUUAUGAAGAAGCAAGAGAAGUAUUUGAAGAUGACACAACAACUAAUAGAUUUUGGAAAUGGUAUAUGGGUGGCACCCAGUGCGACUCCCAGCCCUGCCUGAACAACGGGUCAUGCCAGGACAGCAUCCGCAGCUACAUCUGCAACUGCUCCCGUGGCUAUGAGGGCAGGAACUGCGCCUACGCUAAAAAUGAAUGUCACCCAGAGAGGACUGAUGGAUGUCAACAUUUUUGCCAUCCAGGACAGGAGUCCUAUACGUGCAGUUGUGCUAAGGGUUAUAAACUGGGUGCAGAUGGCAAGUCGUGCGUUCCAAACGAGAAGUGUGCAUGUGGGAUCCUGAAGCCUGAAUGCAUCGUAGCACUAAAGAGAAGCAAUCAGGAUCUUCAAAACAUCCCGUGGCAGGUAAAAUUAACAGAUUCCAAAGGAAAAGACUUUUGUGGUGGUGUUAUAAUACAGGAAGAUUUUGUACUGACAACAGCGAAAUGUUCACUCAUGCACAGAAACAUCAGCGUGACAACAUAUUUCAGUAAAAUGAGUAACGACCCACUGACGGUUAAGAAAAUUCAUGUGCACAUGAGGUACAACGAGGACACUGGGGAAAACAACUUGUCACUGUUAGAGCUGGAGGAACCCGUUCAGUGCCUCUGCAACGGGCUCCCCAUCUGCAUGCCUGAGAAGGACUUUGCGGAACACGUUCUCAUUCCCCGCAAAGCGGGCCUUGUCAGCGGCUGGACAGUCAAUGGGACUGAAUUAGGCGACUCACUAGUGAAGUUGCCAGUCACACGUUUGGACAGUGAGGAAUGUGAAGAAGUACUUAAUGUGACAGUCACAACAAGAAUGUACUGUGAGAAGAGUGACUUGGGGGCCGGGCAGUGGGUGGAGGGAAGCACUGUCACAAGAGAACACAAAGGCACUUGGUUUUUGACAGGGAUUAUGGACUCGUCACAUACAGAAGAGUAUAGACAGGUGUUUCUUUUCACCAGGAUUUCAAGAUACUCACUCUGGUUUAGACAAAUAAUGAAUAAUUAAAAGUCAGCUAAACAGAGUAAGAUAUGUGGUAGAAUUCCAAAUUUUAACUGCAACCACAGGGAUAAACUGAAAUUUUUAAAACAAAACAACUGUAAGGAUAUUACAGCUUCAGAAAAGCCUAGUCAGCAUACGAACUACCAGAGUUACUGCUUGCUAGAUCAUUACUAAGUGUUGUGAUCUUCCUAUAAUUUUUUUAAUCUAAAGAGAGAGCUUAAAAGAGAAAACACAUAUUAAUACAUUAGUAACAAAACCCAGUUUUCUAAAAUUAUCGUUUUCAAAUCUAAUGCUUUAUGAUGCUAAUGAGUCAAUGAACAUACUCUAAUA